CAUUGGCCUGGGUGGACGCAAACAGCCUGUGUGUCCUAUGAGAGAGACGCGCGUGGAGAGAUCCACGAGGCGCAUGUGGGUGUCCAGCACUGAUGCCCAUGUGUGUCCAGCUCUCAUCAUCAGCACAGCGGCCGUGUGAACUAUAAAACCGCUCACACUUCCUCUCAGUGUUAACUGACAGAUCAUCAACAAACGACCAAAGCACCUUAGAGUAAUUAAAUAGUUAAUAACACCAGCCAUACUAGUGAGCUUAUUGCGCAACUGCUUAAUUCAGUUAAAUUAGAAAGAAUUACAAUUAGGCCUGCAAUUAAAACGUUUAGUGACAUUAUUGGAAUUAAUAUUCGCACAAUUAAUAAAACAGCAAAAUGGGUGUACUAACAAAGAAACCCAAGACCUUCGAUGUUCAGUUUAGUGACCCGAACAAGAGCGCGUACAGCGGCGGAGAUAAAGUGGCCGGGCGGGUGAUCGUGGAGGUGGCGGAGGUGGUGCAGAUCUCCGCAGUUAAAUUGUUCGGAAUUGGAUGCGCUAAAGUUGAUUAUAAUAAAGGGAAGAUGCACUGCAGGGAUGAGAUUGAGUACCUGAAAUAUGAAGAAGUUCUUCACCUCGAUCAUCAGCCAACAGAUGCAGAUGGCUCCAUCACUCUCAGGCCUGGAAACAGAUAUGAGUUCAUGUUCGGGUUCGAACUUCCACAGGCAGGGUGCCUUGUUUCCUCCUAUGUGGGAAAGUUUGGCUCAGUCCAAUACUACGUGAAGGCAGUCAUAGAGAAAUCAAGUCAGCCAUAUGCGGAAUGCAAGCGGUAUUUUGAGGUGGUGGAACCCAUUGAUGUCAACACCCAAGAGCUGAUGGAUCCAGUUACAGGAGCAAAACAGAAGAAAGUCACCUGCAUGUUUAUUCCCGAUGGCAGUGUUUCCGUGUCCGCUCGCAUUGGCCGGAAGGGUUACUGUGAGGGAGAAGACAUUUGCAUCGACGCUCAGUUUGAGAACUCUUGUUCUCGGAUUGUCGUUCCUAAAGCCGCCAUCAUAGCCAAGCACAUUUAUCGGGCGAACGGCCGCACCAAAGAGUUUCACAAGAAACUCACUUCUGUCAGAGGAGACCACAUCAUCUCCGGCAUGUGUGACGUGUGGCAGGGGAGAGUACUUCCUGUGCCAAAGCUGAAGCCAACCAUCCUGGGCUGUGACAUCAUCCACGUUGACUAUUUUCUAAGGAUCUACUUGCAUAUCCCAGGAAGUGAGAAGCUCAUCCUAGAUCUUCCUCUGGUCAUCGGGACGAUCCCCUACAGCGGCAUGAACAGUCGCACCAGUAGCAUGAGCAGCCAGGACAGCAGUAAUACCUCCAGCACCUGCGUGUCCCUCCCGUCCUGUCCACCCAGCUAUAGCGAAAUCUCCCAGGACAAUCGCAUGGAUAGUUCCUUCAUUCCCCUCCUGAAUGAUUAUGAUGAGGAUGACAGUCCUAUAUUCAUGCGCAGUAGCGAGUAUCAUCUCCCCCCAUCUCCCCCGGCAUACACUGAGCAAAACUAAGACUGCAUUGGACGAGGAGUUCUCCUUCACUUGCUGUCACCAAAUUCUAAACUCCAACAGAAGAUCAAAUGCAGGAAGAUCUCAGAAUGAAGCUGCUAAUGGCCCAUGCAUGCUUUACUCCAGAGUUGCGGACUAUGAAAUGCUGCGUCAUGCCAAGAACUGGUCGACUGCAAGUAGAUAAAGUCAUCUGAAGCUGGACUGUGUUGCUGAUGUAAGAAUUCAUCUCUUGAAAAUGACCAUUGACGUCUUCAUGUUUAAUUCUGGACAAUCCUCAGCAUCUGAGAGAGUUUUUAUGUUUAUAAUUUUGCCAUAUUGGUAUAAUAUUCUGUCUGCACUUAUUCCAAAUUGGAAAGCGUUUGUGGUAGAAAAGCCUUCAGAUUAGGGACAAUAUUUUUGUGAUGCAUAAAAUGUGAUGCAGUUUUGUGUGACAACGGUUGUAUAUCAUAUUGAGUUAUUUGUUGAGCUGCUGGUUUGCUGUUAGUCUAAUCUUUCCUAGCAGCAUGUGUAUUUCUAAUUUAAUAUAGAAAUUAAAUUAUGCAUUUAUAUGAUUAUAUAGAAUAGGCCUAUAUAGUUUAUAGUAUAUCAGUAUAUCAGUUUUAAAUAGUUUAUAUCUGAGUAUUAGUGUCAAAUUAUACCACUUUGAAAUCUGAAAUUAUGUGCUUUUUGUACUUUUGAUUUUUUUUUUAUUUGAACUUAUCAGUUCUACAGAUAACAACAGAAUACAAUAAAAAUUUUAAAUGAUCAAACACAAUCACGUGUC